AUGUUACGCUACGCCAGGGCUCUCAACCACAUCAGACCGAUCCAGCCAAUCGCAAGAUGUCUCUCCACAUCUGUGCCUCCCGUCACCAACAAGCCUCCAACAGGAAUCGUGUUCAUGAACAUGGGAGGACCGGCCAAAAGCGAAGACACCUACGACUUUCUCCGGCGUCUUUUCCAGGACGGCGAUUUGAUCCCCCUUGGCCCCUUCCAGCUGAUCGUGGGAAAACUCAUUGCCAAGCGCCGUACACCUGAAAUCACAGAGAAGUACAACGAGAUUGGAGGCGGUUCUCCGAUCAGAUACUGGUCCGAGUACCAGUGCGAGCGUGUGUGCAAGAGACUCGACGAGAUUUGUCCCGAGUCGGCCCCUCACAAGCCAUAUGUGGCCUUCAGAUACGCUCGUCCCUUGACCGAGGAGACGUUGGAGCAGAUGAAGAAGGAUGGCGUGAAGAGAGCCGUGGCCUUUUCGCAGUACCCGCAAUGGUCUGCGCUGACGUCCGCCUCGUCCGUGCACGAGCUUUUCCGUCAGACGCAGGUGGUGGAUCCCGAGAGAUCCAUUCUGUGGACGAUGAUCGAUAGAUGGCCCAAGGCCAAGUGUUUGGUAGACCCUUUCGCCAAGCUCAUCCAACAGAAGCUCGAUGAGUUCCCAGAGGACAUCAGAGACAAGGUUGUGAUCAUGUUCUCUGCCCACUCUUUGCCCAUGCAGAUCGUCAACAGAGGAGACUCAUACCCUGCUGAGGUGGCUGCCUCCGUAUACGCCGUCAUGGAGAAAUUGAAGUUCAAGAACCCUUACAGAUUGGUUUGGCAGUCCAAGGUGGGCCCCAAGGCCUGGUUGGGCGGUGCCACCUCCACCAUCGUCGAAAAGUUGGAGACCAGAGACUCCAUCCCCGGUUUUGUGCUCGUGCCAAUUGCAUUUACCUCCGACCAUAUUGAGACCUUGCAUGAGAUUGAUAUUGAGCUCAUGGAGGAGGUCAAGAACCCACAAAAGAUCAAGCGUGCAGACUCGUUGAACGACAACGAGGAGUUCAUCCUGGGCCUCGCCGACUUGGUCAAGGACCACUUGAAGUCCGGUGAGUUGUACUCCAACCAGAUGGAGCUUGAUUGGGAGCUCAGUAAGGACUACACUUCCAACACCUUCUCCCACCCUAGAGAAUUAUUUGGCGACCAUCAGGGUGACGCCAAGUAA